AAUGGAACUCACAGGCGCGUAGAAAUGACACUAAAAAUACUCGUCUCUCAUUUUUAGGGUUGGCGAGUGUAGACGACACUGACCGCCGCCCUUGAUAUUCUUUUUUGUAAUUGUCUGCCUGGGGCCUUCUUCUUCACCAUUUUUCAUUUUUAGGGUUCUUAUUACAUCACUCACUUGCUGAGCUUAGUAGAUUCAGAUUCAGAUUCAGAUUCAGAUCAAUCAUGGCAGCCACUGCCCAGCUUCGUUACUCUACUGUUGCUAGACACCACUACAAUCCCUCCGAUAAUCGCCGUUUCUCCAACAACCCCAAUUCCUCCAUCUCCUUCCCCUACUCUAAAACCCUAAAUCGGGCAAUCUCGUUUGUUCCCAAGACCAUUUGGGAUGGAAAGCCAGAGCUUUCGUUUUCCGGCGGCAAUGGCGAUGGCCACUCCGGCGCCGGAGCUGGUGGAAACAGCGGAGGUUGGAGCCGCGGCGGCGGAGAUGGGAAUUCUGAUGAUUCGUCGUCUUCAUCUUCGUCGGCGCUUCAGGGUUUUGGAGUUCUGGGUAUGUUUCUCAACGGUUGGAGAUCUCGAGUUGCAGCCGAUCCCCAAUUCCCUUUCAAGGUUCUGAUGGAGGAAGUGGUCGGAGUGAGCUCUUGCGUUCUCGGAGACAUGGCUUCUCGCCCCAAUUUCGGCCUCAACGAGCUCGACUUCGUCUUCUCGACUCUCGUCGUCGGCUCCAUACUCAAUUUCACACUGAUGUAUUUGUUAGCACCCACUUUGUCUGCUUCAGCUGCCACUCUGCCUUCGAUCUUCGCCAGUUGCCCGGCUAGCCACAUGUUCGAACCGGGUUCAUAUGGGUUGGUGAACCGUUUGGGGACAUUCGUUUACAAAGGAGCCGUCUUUGCAGCUGUUGGGUUCGCUGCUGGGCUUUCUGGGACUGCCUUGUCAAAUGGGUUGAUCAAACUGAGGAAGAAGAUGGACCCGAAUUUCGAGACCCCAAACAAGCCACCACCAACUUUAUUGAAUGCGCUCACUUGGGCAGCUCACAUGGGUAUAAGCAGUAAUUUAAGGUACCAAACUUUGAAUGGGGCUGAGUUUUUGCUGGAAAAGGGGCUUCCCCCUCUGGCAUUCAAGACUUCUGUGGUGGUUCUGAGGUGCUUGAACAAUGUGCUUGGUGGGGUUUCGUUUGUGAUGUUGGCGAGGUUGACGGGUUCUCAGAGUGUCGGUGAAGCGAAAUCGGUGGAAGGAGGAGGGGAGGUUGGAUCAGCUGCAGAGAAGGAGAAAUUGGUGGAGGAGAGUGAGGAUUUGCAGAGCAAUCAGUCGACUUACAAGUGAUUUGGUUUUUCUUCUUGUUUUUAUUGUCUUGCUAUCAGUUUUGUUCAUAACUAUGAACUCUGCGGAGACUGGUGUUUUGUAGCUAUAAUAAUAAGAAAAUCCUAGGCUUGAUGAAAUUUUAGGCGUUGUUAAAAGUUCAUCUGGAAAUGAAAUGCUGGCUCAACCUGAAUGAAUGUGUUUACAGUUUACAAUAA